AAAUUCGUUUUUUUAGUAAUUCCAAAGAGAUAUCUUUUCCUAUUUAAUGUCACACAAAUAUUGGAUACGAGAUGCGUUGAAGCUCGCGAAAAUGAAGGAUGCGAAGCUCAUCGGGAAAAAACAUUGUAACUUCUUGCGACUGCUGCAACCGUCCUGUGACUGACCGUACAUAUUUUCUAGGACUUUGUAUUUCGAUCUAGUUAGCAGUUUAGUAAAGCGUUCUGAUACAGAUGUUUGUGCCUUAAUUCCGCUGUAACCGUCGGUUGAGGUUAGAAUACUGCGAAGCGGCGGAUUGAAAGACGUUUCUGGAAAUUCUCUGAAACUACCACAAUGACUACACCUCCAAAUUCGGGAUUAUCCUUUGGGACACCAAAAACAACAACAGGAAUCACUGGCUUGACCUUUGGUACUCCCACCACAAUGACUUCUGGAACUACCUUUGGUCUUAGCAGUAAUACCAUUGCAACAACCACAGCUUUGUCUGCAACACCAAAUCUGCCCAAUUUUGCUCUUACAAGUAAUGUCACACCCACAUCUGGAGUAUCACUCUCCUUUGAUCCCGCUAAAGUAUCUACAACCACAACAACAGCUACAGGAUUUCCUUUGGCAACAACUACAGCAGGAGGCUUCAGUUUUGGUGUUCCAGCAGCAAAACCUCUGACAGGAUCCACUGGCUUGACUUUUGGUACUCCAAAUCCUAUGGCCAUUGGAACCGGCUUUGGUUUAGGCAGCACAACUACGACUACAACGUCCACAACUACAGUAGCAUCAGCCCCAAGCUUUAAUCUGACCAGCAGUUCAGCACCAACACCUGUGAGUGGGCUCUCAUUCGAUGCUUCGAAAACUGGCACCACCACAGCUGCUUCCACAGGAUUUUCUCUUGCGAUAACUACAGUGGGCGGAUUUAGUUUCGGGGUCGGCACAACGGCAACCACUUCAACAGCGUUUCCAUUGAGCAAAACAACUUCUGCCGCUAUCUCAACCAGUCUAACAGCGCCAGCAGCCCCUCACACUUCUCUCGGAACCACCACCACUGUCACUUCUGCAACCGGUAUUCAACCAGCGGCUAUCAAUUUCUGUCAACUCGAAGAGUCGAUAAACAAGUGGACCUUAGAAUUAGAAGAACAAGAGAAAGUAUUCGUGAACCAAGCGACGCAAGUUAACGUUUGGGACAAAUUGCUGAUAACGAACGGGGAGAAGAUAGUAAUAUUGAAUCAGGAGGUCGAAAGGGUGAAAUUUGAACAACAGCAAUUAGAACACGAAUUAGACUAUGUGAUUGGGCAGCAGAAGGAGCUGCAGGAGUGCCUGGUGCCAUUAGAAAAAGAACUGGCGUUGCUCUCCGUCUCGGAUCCCGAUCGAGAGUACACGUACCGUUUGUCGGAGAACCUCGACACGCAAUUGAAACGCAUGUCGGAGGACCUGAAGGAGAUAAUAGAACACUUGAACGAAGCGAACCGCGCUCAGGACUCCAGCGACCCCAUUGUCCAGAUCGGCAAGAUCUUGAACGCGCACAUGAACAGUUUGCAGUGGCUGGAUCAACAGACAUCUUUGCUGAGCCAGAAAAUCCAACAGAUCGACCAGAUGCAUCAGAACUUUAGGCAAGAGAGUGAACAGAAUCUGCAUCUAGCUUACAAUUAGUCCCGAUCGCGUUGUGAACUCCCACGGACUCGCAAGGAUCAUUUUGUUCUUACUUCUCCCUUGGAAAACGUUAGCUUAGUCGAUCCAACGGAGAGAGUGAAUAGCGCGCAACUGGAUACGAUUGAAAUAAACGUAUAUUUUACAUUUCGGUAA